CGGAGUGUAGCAGAAGGAGGGAGAACACCGACUCGGUUAUUCGCGGACCGAGUCCAGGACCAGAACCGAACAAGGCACCCUCAAACAGUUAACACCGAUCAUGGACUUCCAAUCCCGGGGAGCGGGCGGCGGAGCGACGGUCAGACUGGAAGCUGCUGACUUUGGCCCCCUCCCGGGUUUGUGGCCCCCUCUCGUCCUCUGAAGCCGGCGGAGGAACUUCACCGGAAGCCCCGGAGAGGCGCAGCCGGGCACAGGCUCAAUAGACUCCGUGUAUGAGAAUCUGAAAGGAAGAUCCUGUGCUAUAAAAGUCCAUGCGUCCCUCGGAGUUUGUUUUUGGGUCAGAACCAUGCACACUCAGCGCGAUGUCAUUUAUUUAAACUGCAGCGGAGCGCAGCGGUAAGGAUGCGGAGUUUAUUCUCGCUGUGUGCGCAGCGCUGUGCGUGGAGCCAAGCGGAGCGAGUCGGCGUGAACAGGGGAGACUUUCUACUUUCCUGAAGGUUUGCGUGUGAAGCCACAGUGGUGUUUUGUUGAGGAACUGUCAUCAGGUCAUGACGUGAUGAUCCCCAGGAAUGCAUGCGACUUCAUCGAUCCUCAGCACCACGCUCUGAAUUCUGCUUUGUAAGCCGAUGGAGAAAACGUGAUGGACUUUAUGAACCAGUUCAGAAAUGGGUGGGUGUGGGUGAAGGAAUAACAUCCAUUAGUGUAUUCCCAAUUUUUGGGGGGGAACCUCAGGACAACCGAUUACUGAGGAAUUGCUGAGGACCUUUUGCAGCACCAGGAUGGACAAAGUGCAUAGAUCUUAUGAUUCCUCUGCUGGAAUUUCUGAUUCUUAUCAUUUCAUUAAAUCCUAUAGUUACUUUCUCUGAUGUUGCUGUAUUGAAUCAUAUGAAAUGGAGAUACUGUGGCGUUUAUGGAGUAAGGACUGGACCUCCUUAGUAAGACCGUGGAUUCCUAUACUGCUAGGCCUUCAUCUCCAGUUUUCACGAGCCUCUAACUGUCCCGAAGAGUGCCGCUGUGACCGGACCUUUGUUUACUGCAACGAGCGGAGCUUGACCUCAGUGCCUCUGGGAAUCGGUGAGGGCUACAAGACCAUUUACCUACACAACAAUCAGAUCAAUAAUGCCGGCUUUCCGCUGGAGCUACACCAUGUGGCCUCUGUGGAAACUGUGUAUCUAUAUGGUAACCAGCUUGACGAGUUUCCAGUUAACCUGCCAAAAAAUGUAAGAGUUCUCCAUCUGCAGGAGAAUAACAUUCAGACCAUCUCUCGGGCAGCUCUGGCUCAGCUUCUUCGACUGGAGGAGCUGCAUUUGGAUGAUAACUCCAUUUCUACUGUUGGAGUGGAAGAAGGGGCAUUUAGGGAAGCCUUGAGCCUAAAGAUGCUCUUCUUGACCAAAAACCACCUGAGCAGUGUGCCUAUUGGUCUCCCAGAUGACCUGAAAGAGCUAAGGCUGGAUGAGAAUCGGAUUGCGGUCAUUGCAGAGGAAGCAUUUCAGAAUGUCACCCGACUGGAACGCCUGUUGUUAGAUGGGAACUUGCUAACAGAUGAAGGGAUCUCACCUGGGACUUUUCAAGACCUGGUCACCCUGAGAGACCUGUCACUAGCACGAAACUCAUUAACUUACCCUCCCCCGCUCCUUCCUGGGGAGAUGCUUGUCAAGUUAAACUUUCAGGAAAAUCAGAUAACCAAGAUCCCUGUGAAAGCAUUGGCAAGUCUGCACAGGCUAGAGAAGUUAGAUCUUUCUAACAACCAGCUGCAGUCACUGGUGACGGGAGUCUUUGAUGGGCUUGGGAGUCUCAGGCAGCUCACCGUCCGGAACAACCCGUGGCUCUGUGAUUGCGGCAUGCAUUGGGUGGUGUCAUGGCUCAAAUCUCUUCCUGCAUCGUUGAAUGUGCGUGGGUUCAUGUGCCAUAAACCUGAAAAGUUCCGAGGUAUGGUGAUCAGAGAGCUGAGCGCUGACCUGGUCCACUGCACAGAGCCUGCUUCUACAUUUGGCACUGCUAUGAACUCGACUGUUUCCAUCUCAACAGACUUUCCUUUGGUUACUCGACAUGUUUCCUCCUCAAAACGACCCCUAACCACACUGCCCACCCUCUACACCAUCUACACAACCAGGGAGGAUGGACUGCGGACUAAGCAGCCUCUACAGGUUACUUUCACAAUUUUAAAUGGGUCGGAUAUCCAUGUACGCUGGUUGGCUUCUUUUCCAGUCACUGCCUACAAGGUGACCUGGGCCAGGAUGGAGCCCAGUCUGACCGGAGACACGGUCAGAGAGAGGAUAGUGGGUGGGGAUCAUCGGGGGAUUCGACUGACUAAUCUUGAACCCAAGUCCACGUAUCGGAUCUGCGUUAUUCCCUUGGAUGCGUUCAAUAAUUACAGGCCCAAGGAUGACACUCUGUGCACUGAGGCUGUGACAACUGCAGCCUUUUUCAGCCCAGAUAACAACAACAGGAGACGCUCUGGGCCCGAGCAGGCAACACAGCCAGAGUCUGGCUCGCCACUCCUUCUGGCUGGGCUCAUCGGUGGGGCUGUGAUUGUGGUGCUGGUGGUCCUGCUCAGUAUCUUCUGCUGGCACAUGCACAAGAAGAGUCACUCGGAGUGGAAGUACAACCGGGGACGUAGAAAAGACGAUUAUUGUGAGGCUGGCACCAAGAAAGAUAAUUCCCUCCUGGAAAUGACUGAAACAGGCUUCCAGAUAGUGUCGCUCAACAAUGAGCAGCUCCUCAAGGGAGAUUUCCGCAUUCAGCCUAUCUACAGCCCUAAUGGAGGAGUCAGCUUCAGAGACUGCCCCCCAGUGAACAACACCACAGUGUACUGCAAGAACAACGUUCAGGAUCAUGAAUCAUGAUGGCUCAAGAAAACCAUCAGGAGUUUCCUAAAACUGCUCGGACAUUUUUGAACUCUGUAAAGUUAAAAUGAUUUGAAAAUUGUCUUCAAAAAUGUAAUUUAUACAACUGACUUGACCAUCUCUUUUACAUAGCAUUGUCGGAUUUAAAGGUUGUUGUUUUUUGGAGUAGUGAUGUUGCAGUUCUGUGCACAAAUGCAUAUAAAGAAGCAUUUUUUUUUCUUAAGAAUUGAGGAUGACUUGUUUUACUGUUAUCGUGUAAGGUUUUUGCUGAUGAAUUUUAUAAGGAAUCUUGAUAGACACAAGGAUAACAGAUUUUCACCACCAGAGGGUGUAGUUUUCCUCCUAUGAGCUGUGUUGGUUGCAGCAAAAGUCAGGUGAGAAUAUUAGAUUCUCCAAGAAGUGUUGGACCAUAUGCAAACCAUUUUCUCUCUGCUUUAGAAAGAAAUUUAAAGGUCACACUCAUUAAACACUCAGAAAGUGGCAAGCUGCAGAGCUUUCACCUGCAUCUCCAGUUUAAUACAUCAUCAUAGCAAAGUGGGUCUUGUUAUCAGCACCUGCUGUGAUUGGUGUUGGUGUCAAAGUAAGCUGCAAAGAAGCACAACCUCUGAAUGUUAAACUCCUUAAAACAAAAGUAUUUUCUUUGAGUUUAAUAUUGACUUUUUUCAGCAGAAGAAUUUAUUAAUGUGCCUUGAAGUUAUCAGCUUAAAAUGUGUUUAACAUCCAUGUUUUUGCACAAGAUGUAUCCUUGUAUAUACAAUUUAAUGGAAUAUUGUGAAUAAUACUUUUGCUUCUCUUUAUUUAUCUCGUGAUACAUUUAAUUAAAACUUAUCUCCAAAUGGGAA